UGUAACAAUCUCUUCGCGCAUGUUCACAGUCUCCGGCUGGACGGUGUUAUCUUCUCCGCUCAGAGCUGAAGUAGGUCGGCUGUGUUAUCGGGAAAGACUUUCGUCUCUUCCGUCGGGAUCACUGUCUGCGGGCCGAAGAUAUCACUUUCCCAUCGGUGAGUAUUGAGACCGAUCCCGAGCGGGGAGAUCCGAUGUUGGCCGUGAGCCCCGAACUGAGGGCCAGGAAUUCAUUUGUUUCCCAACUAUCUGGGCUCGUCAGAAAUGUGUCAACUCCACUUAAUCUGCAUUGAACGAUCCAAACCAGGAGCCCAGGCUGUCUGUUUCUGCAGAAUUUAAAUGGAAGUCCCGCCGACAGGUCACGUGAGACUGUGUGCCGCAGAUUCGCCCCGCCCUCCGCUUUGUGAUGCAAGGUCACGUGGUGUGAUUUUGCCCACCGAGUCCCAUUAACUUCCCGAACUCGCCCCGCUUCCAGAGGCUCCUCGCGUUUGUCCUGGAGCUUUCUGGCUGUUGUGUGUUCUCCCGGACUGUGCUGGGUGAGAAAGGUGAACGUCCCAGGUUGUGGGAAUCUUUGAUUUCACUGCCUGCUUUACCGAGGACUGAUCUGGAUCCAAAGGACUGUGCAGAUCCUCGCAGUUACCAUGCAAAGCGUGAAGUGUCCGGAUGGGAAAUUCUCUAUAGUGUGUUGAUAAAAAUUUGACCUGCAGUGAGAGAUUUAUUGGAAGAAAACCCACGACUGAAGACAAGGGAACAGCAACAUGUGAACCAGCCCGAGGAUUGAGAGCAUCAACUGGAGAGGACCCAUCUGACUCUGAGAUUCCAGUGAUUCGGUCAGGAGAAAGUUGUGUUAAAAACAAGAAGGAAUUUGUCUCCAGGAAGUUCAAACAUGGCACACCAGUUUGGUUGUUUCUGUCCAGAUAUUUAAGAAGUGGAGCAAGGGAUUCAAUCGAUCAUCCUUCCUGCUCAGAUUGUGGGGAGGGAUUCACUCGGUCAUUUUACCAACUGGCAUGCCCUUCAUUUUACACAGGAGAAAGUCUAUUCACCUGCUCAAAUAGAGGGAAUGGAUUCACUCGGUUAUCACAAUUGAAGGUACAUCAGCACAUUCACACUGGGCAAGGCCAUUCACCUGUUCUGUGUGUGAGAAAGGAAUCAGUCAGUCUUCCCACCUGUGGACACACCAGUCAGUUCACUCUGGGCAGAGGCUGGUGAUCUGCUGAAUAUCUGGGAAAGGAUUCACUCAGUCAUCUGACCUAAUGGCACACCAGCGUGUUCACACUGGGGAGAGGCUGUUCACCUGCUCAGAGUGUGGAAAGGGAUUCACUCGGUCAUCCACCUUACUGGUACAUCAGCGAGUUCACACUGGGGAGAAGCCGUACACCUGCUCAGUCUGUGGGAAGAGAUUCACUGAGUCAUCCACCUUACAGAAUCAUCAGCGAGUUCAUACUGGGGAGAAGCCGUUCACCUGCUCAGAAUGUGGGAAGGGAUUCAGACAGGUAUCCCAUCUACUGAGUCAUCAGCGAGUUCACACUGGGGAGAAGCCGUUCACCUGCUCAGAAUGUGGGAAGAGAUUCGCUCACUCAUCCAACCUACUUAGUCAUCAGCGAGUUCACACUGGAGAGAGGCCAUUCACCUGCUCAGAGUGUGGGAAGGGAUUCACUCGGUCAUCUCAACUACUGACACACCAGCAAGUUCACACUGGGGAGUGGCCUUUCACCUGCUCAGAAUGUGGGAAGGGAUUCACUGAGUCAUACACCUUACUGGUACAUCAGCGAGUUCACACUGGGGAGAAGCCUUUCACCUGCUCAGAAUGUGGGAAGAGAUUCACUCAGUCAUCCAAUCUACAGAGACAUCAUCGAGUUCAUAUUGGGAAGAAGCCGUUUACCUGCUCAGAAUGUGGGAAGAGAUUCGCUCACUCAUCCAACCUACAGAGUCAUCAGCGAGUUCACACUGGGGAGAAGCCGUUCACUUGCUCAAACUGUGGGAAGAGAUUCACUCGGUUAGCUAACCUACAGAGACAUCAGCAAGUUCACACUGGGGAGAAGCCAUUCACCUGCUCGGUCUGUGGGAAAGGAUUCACUCAGUCAUCCCAAAUACUGGAACACAAGUCAGUUCAUAGUGGGGAGUGGCCAUUGUUAUGAAUCCCUAGGU